GCAGCAGCCCCAGCAACCCCAGCAGUACGACGAGCACGGCAACCCCAUCGAGGGCGGGGAGCGUGGCCUGGGUACGAUGGCGAUGGGUGAGUAUUGAGCAGCCGCACCAGUUAUGAAUUCUUGGGCAUUCGAUUGACAGUUCCAUCUUGUCUCGUUCGCGCUUCUGCAGGCGGCUUGGCAGGCUACGCAGGCAACAAGCUCACAGGCGGGCACAGCGGCGGAUUCGCAGCCGCAGGCAUGGGCGCCCUCCUUGCUCAGGGAGGCAAGAUGAUCUACGACCGCAUGGAGAAGAAGAAGCACGGCAAUGGAGGAGGAGGGUACUACGGUGGUGGGCAUCAUGGAGGAGGAGGAGGAGGUCAUGGAUUCGGAGGAUUCGGCAAGCGUGACUUUGAUGCGGACCAGCAGGGAGGGCCCACUCCGUAUGGGAUGCCGCCUCAGCAGCAGCAGCAGCAUGGUGGGCAAGGGGGCAGUGGUGGCUUCUUUGGCUGAGCGUCCCCACGAUUGUAUGCUCACGCCUUGGACCGUGAUAUUGCCUUUUGUGUAAAUACUCGAGCAUGUAUAAUUACGACCGCACGAUGCCAACGAUGACUCAGCUACUGU